AUGAAGGAAAAAGAGUGCUAUGAAAUAGUACUAAACACAAAAUCAGGGAAUUUUCAAAAAUAUAUUGAUCAUUGCAUGGAAAAAGUGAAAUUAGGGAACGUGAAAAUUGUAGGCAGGCAGUAUGCAAUAACCAAGGCUUUUAAUGUGCUGGAAGUCUUAAAAAACAAAGUUAUGGAAUUAGAACAUUAUAUAACAUAUAAAAAUUUAAGAGCUACAGGUCCUGAUAGAAGAAAGCUACUAGAAGUUAACAUAUAUGUUUCUUUGAAAAAUUAA